AUGCCGGCAGCAGGCGACAGGCGUCCAUGGCGACCGAGGAGGCAACGGUGGCAACGCGCUGUACUCCUGCUUACCGUAGUGACCACCUGCCAGCUGUGGUCCAGCUUCGUGUCUGCGCCACAGACGACUGAGGCAGCCGAAUCUCUUCCGAAUGUUUGGAACAGUACACAGUCAGAGGAGCCGGAGACGCCGGAUAACCGGAGCGAAGUCGAAAUCAGGAGGUGCAUCGACCUGUUCAGGGUGCACGGAGCACCGACUGCGCUCCCUGCCCCGAAACCAACCAACGCCAGCAGUAUGCCCAACGACAAUGCCCCUCAUAAGAAGGGGGAGUACCCGGCGGACUUUUUCUCCGUGGAGGAGCGCCGCCAGGGCUUUGUACUUUUACACAUUUUUGGGAUGGUCUACAUGUUUGUGGCCCUCGCCAUUGUGUGCGACGAGUUUUUUGUCCCAGCCCUAGGUGUCAUCACGGACAAGUUGCAGAUCUCGGACGAUGUGGCCGGAGCGACGUUUAUGGCAGCUGGAGGUUCUGCUCCCGAGCUUUUUACAUCGCUUAUCGGGGUAUUCAUCUCUCACAGUAACAUCGGCAUCGGGACAAUCGUGGGCUCUGCAGUGUUCAACAUCCUCUUUGUGAUCGGCAUGUGCGCCCUUUUCUCCAGGGAGAUCCUGCACCUGACCUGGUGGCCGCUCUUCAGGGACGUCUCCUUCUACGUUCUGGACCUCAUUAUGCUUAUUAUUUUCUUCCUGGAUAACAUUAUUUCUUGGUGGGAGAGUCUAUUGCUCAUCUUAGGCUAUGCCAGCUAUGUCAUCUUCAUGAAGUUCAACGUGCAGCUGGAGCAACUGGUGAAACUGCAGCUCAACAGACACAAGAACAUCGUGCAGGUCAUCGCGCCAGAAGAGGUGGACCAGAAGAAUGGUCCAGUUACAGAGGAGAGACAGCGUGCCCAGCUUGAAGAUAACACUCGACUGAAGCUCCGGCCAGCGCUGCAGAGAGGGGGCAGCUCUGCUUCACUUCACAACAGUACAAUGCGCAACACGAUCUUCCAGCUAAUGAUCCACACGCUUGACCCCCUCGGAGAGGCCAAGUUUAAGGACAAGGCAGCGAUCCUGGAUAGAGUGGCCAGGGGCAAGGUAUUACACACUGGACGAGGAAAGUUGCAAGGUUGUGAAGAAAAGCCUGAUGUUCCCAAAUCAGUGAGCGUCCAGGUGACUCCUCCAGAGCAGGACGCAGAGGUUGACAAGGAGGAAAAGUGUGAAGAUCACAAGGUUUCAGAUGACUCUGCAGUUUCAGAGAGCGAUGAAGAAAACAGCAGCAGUGAUGAUACAGACAAUGAUACAGACAGCAGUGACCAGGAGGAUGACGAGGAGUCUGAAGAAAAUGAGGAGCCACUGUCUUUGGAAUGGCCAGAGAGCCAUCGCAAGCGGGCCACCUACCUCUUCCUACUUCCAAUUGUCUUCCCACUGUGGCUCACCCUUCCAGAUGUCCGUAAAGCAGUCUCCAAGAAGUUCUUCAUUAUCACUUUCUUAGGCUCCAUUGUCUGGAUUGCAGUGUUUUCUUAUUUGAUGGUAUGGUGGGCACAUCAGGUUGGUGAGACUAUAGGAAUUUCUGAAGAGAUUAUGGGAUUGACGAUCUUGGCAGCAGGAACCUCCAUUCCGGAUCUCAUUACAAGUGUCAUUGUGGCACGGAAAGGUCUAGGAGACAUGGCUGUCUCCAGCUCAGUAGGCAGUAAUAUAUUUGACAUUACUGUUGGGUUGCCCGUUCCCUGGUUGCUUUACUCCGUUUUCAAUGGUCUUUCACCCGUGGCCGUCAGCAGCAAUGGUCUCUUUUGCGCCAUCGUCCUACUCUUUUUCAUGCUCAUCUUCGUCAUUUCCUCUAUCGCUGCUUGCAAAUGGAAAAUGAGCAAAUACCUGGGCAUCACAAUGUUUGGCCUUUAUUUCAUCUUUCUGAUUAUUAGCGUGUUGCUGGAGGACCGUAUCAUUAUUUGUCCAGUGUCCAUCUGACCACUCAAAAGUUCAACAUCUAAUUGAAAAAUGGC